AUGGCCUCCCCGUCGAUUGAUCUCGAGGUUUCUCCUAACCCUCGUACGCGAGAAGAGAACCAGGAGCGGGCUUUUAUUGCGGCGUCCAGACGCAAGGAUCGCAGUCUCGAUGCUCGGGUGGAAUCGGCCAACCGGGCCUCCGCUCUGCACAAGCAGCGCACCGGUAAAGGCCUCCUGAUCACCCGGGAGAUCGUCGAGAAAGAGGCGAUGUACGAAGAAGUGGACGAUCGCUAUCAGGAGAAGAUCAGCCGCAUGCUUCAGGCGCAGAACAUGCAGAUCCAAGACCAAUUCCAUCAUCACAUUCUCACGGCACUGGCGACCCGUCCGUCUCCCCAGGGUAUUCAGCAGCGUCGGGCUGCUAAUAUGACGCCGCGCGCCUCGAUCGGCGGCGGAAUCCGCAAGAUGAGUCUGGAUCUGUCCGGCAUGCGCGCUUCCAUCUCGGAGGGCAUGAACGGCAGUCCUGCCACCAGUCCCGUGGCGGUGAGCCAUAACCACCACUACAUGAUGUCCCCCACAUACGACGGGAGUACUCCGCCGUCGUAUCCCGAGAUGGUCCCUGCCUCGUCGGGCCAGAUCCCACCAUACAUCGCCGCUGCUACGCCUUCGACGGGGCCCGCAUGGCAGGCGCAAGCCUUCGGCCCGCCGUCGUUUCGCUCACCCUGGGCAGGAUUGCAGCCCUCCCCGAUGCCGCCUCUGGCCGGGGACAUGGGCAUGCCUGUUCGGCAGCAGUUCAGGGAUCGUAUGGGAUCUGCGCCCGUCAUCCCGGUGCAUGGGCUCUCCUCCGUCCAGGGGCCUAGACCCAUGUCCCAACACACGCGCGUCCGAUCCGAACCCCAACGAUUCCCAUCGGGGACGACGUCGCCUCAGGUUGAGAUGGUGGGCACCGAACCUCUGCCGACCCCUGAUCUCUGUCCCACCCCCAGCACUCCUCACUCGCCCACGUCUACCAGCCGACACCCCGACAUGACGGGGUUCGAGACCCUGGGCAAGGAGGAAGAGACGGUCCCCUUCUCGCACGACGGGAUCGACCCGGAUUAUGCCGAUUUCAGUCAGUUUGCAUUUACGUUGACCAACACCCCACCCAUGACCGAGGGGGACUUUAAAUUCGAUGACUUGGUUGCAUUUGACGACUUUCCCAUCACUGCAUAA